UUUUUACAUUAAAUAGACUUUUAUUUUAAAACAUCAGAAGCCAUUUCCGGAGGCUCAUAUCGGUGUUUGUUAUGGUCUGGUGUUGGGGUUCAGAGGCUUGACAGCAUGUUUGUGUCUCUGCUCUAAACACUCAUUCAUGCGCUCUGACUGACUAUCUCCUGGAUAGCGUUAGUUAAGUUGCUCAACCUACUAGUACUGUAUGCUAUACAAUGAAUGUUUCGUAGCGUUUUGUCAAAACAUAAAAGAAAAAAAGUUAAUUAUUCAUCAUAUUAUGUGGUGAUGUCUACACACAGUAUGGAUAAAGUGCGAAAGAUUGUAGUUCAUCUGUCGAAGGAAACCAAAAACGCGGCUCCGCAGUGCGCGCGAUUCGUGCAGAGCAUAACUGGACACUUUGGCGGGAGUGAGGAUCAGGUAAAUGUGAGCUGUUCUUUGCAGAAUAACAGAUUUAUUUUAUGUGACCGGUCAUGUGAUGGAACAGUUCCUCUGAAGAGGGCGUCGUUUUGCCCCAUCAAAUACCUGUCUCACUCAGAGGCAGUCUCCUUGCCUCCCGAGACCCUCAGCCGUGGGGUAGACGUGGGCGUGGCUGUGCUCCUGCAGUCCGCUGAUCAGAAGCUGUUGCUGACGCGUCGUGCCUCCAGCCUCCGGAUCUUCCCCAAUGUUUGGGUUCCGCCUGGAGGCCAUGUGGAGCUGGAUGAAAAGCUGUUGGAUGCAGGACUCAGGGAGCUGCAGGAAGAGACUGGUCUGAAACUGAGCCCGGAUGAGUUCUCCUCUCAGCUGCUCGGCCUAUGGGAGUCAGUGUAUCCGCCCAUGUUGUCCAGAGGACCGCCUCAGAGACAUCACGUCGUGACGUAUAUACUUCUGAAGAGCUCUCAAUCACACCUGCAGCUUCAGGCUUGUUUGCACCCAGAUCCUGCUGAAGUCAGUGCGUGUGUGUGGGUCGAUGCAGGCCUGGUGAAAGUUGUGGUGUCUGCUGUAGAUGGUGAGAAGGAUUCUGUUCGAAUACCAGCUGACCUGCCACAGACCAUCAGUGUGACGGAGGUGUCCCCACACGCUGAGCUGAGCGAGACCUCACUGCCCGUUUCUCUGUUCUGUAACCGGGCCCCGGAUGACGGCGAGGACAUUGAACGAGUCAGCACCGGAACCAAAUUUGCAUUAGAGUUGUGGUUGAAAACACUGGGGCCUCAAGCUGAGAAGGCCUGACAAUGACUCUCUGCCAGCUUCUGUUUAUGUUCGUUACCAUUUAACCAGUGCCUUGAGGAAGACAGCACCACCUGCUGGACCGGAGCUAUUUCAGCAGUUCAUGUUAUUCAGGAACAAGAAGUUUCAAACUGAAUAUCACUAGAAUAUGUGGUAUUUUUAUUUAAUCCCUGUCAGUGCGCAACAUUUGUCAACAUUUAUUUUGAAUCACAAAAGAAACAACUGUGUCCUCUCUGUUAAAGCUGACACAUUAAAGUUGGUUUAAAGGUAAUUUAAAUAAUUAAAAUCUGAAUAUUCACUUUGUCUCUUUUUAACUCCACAAUAAUCAAACAAUUUCAUAUGCAGAAUAAAUGAAUCAUGCCAAAUAAUCAAGUGUGUGUGUGCAUGUAGGUAUGGACGGAUGGAUGUAUUGAUUCAGGGUCAGUGUAACCAGAAGAUUUGAGACUAAAAUAUGAGAAAAAUGACAUUUCAUCACAGAUUACACUUAAACACAAAGAUAAGCUGCAGAAUUUCACUUGCUGCCCAAGAUCUCGUUGUGUUCUUGCUGUUCAAAUACUCCAUAUCUUCUCCAUCAGGAUAAUGCCUGGGACAUUUUUCUCCUCUUUGCUUUUAAGCAGAAAUUGACCUGAAGUUACAACUGCGGUUGUAACUUCUGGUCGUAACCCUUGACCGACUGUUUCUGUUCAGUUUAUUCCAUACCGAGUUACUAAUCAAACUAUUCAUCCCACAGCCAUUUUCAGAAACUCUUUAAUUUCACUAAAUCACUGUUAAUACAUCACAUCAUUCAAUCCAUGUUCAAAAGUUACAAAGUACAUUGUGCAAAGGUAUAUUGUAGGAAAAUAGAUUCGAAAUAGAUGGUAAUGGCAUGUAAAAUAAUUUCCCUGUCUGUUCAGCUUCCUGCAGCGCAGUGCCGGCUGUAUGACAGUUAUUCUUCCAACAGUUUUCCUCAGGUCUUGUUCUUCACACAUAGAAGGAGUGACAGUGUUGGGGAGUCAGAGAACCUGAAUGAUAGAUUCUAAAUGUGAGAAUGAGAUUGAGCUCUGUUUGGUUUGUGUGUCAUAGGUACUGCUGCAUGUGUGUUUUACUGUACCUGUGUCCAUCAUUUGUUCACCACGUACAUUCCUGUCCGGUUUUUCGGGGGUUUUUCUCUGGCGUCCUGUUAUUAACAGAGUCAGUUAUCAUUACAUGUAUGCACACCAUAAUUCCUAUUCUGAAAAUAAAACAAUGCUUCCUUCA